UUUCUUUUCAACGCCCAUCUUUUCAGUUGCAACCUCUCAGCAUCACGGAAGCAGGAAGUUCCUGAUGCACCUGACGCGACUCAAACCGCCUUGUAAAAACAAGUUGCUACUGUAAACGUAACUCCGGCAACAGCAGUCCACUAACGUUAUGUCAGAAGAAGGUGAACAGUCAUUUAAGGCUGUGGACUUGGAGCUUAAGGCUCAAGAAUCUCCCAAACCAGACAUCAAUCCUCCUCAACAAGAAUCUCCUGCAGAAACAGCUAAGCCCAAUGCACCUCCUCCAGAGGCCAAAGAUGAAACCAACACCUCCCAACGUACAGCUGUGGUUAAAGCUAAAUGGGCAUCAACUGUGGAACAGUUUAAAAUGAAGAGAUUUUUUGUCCUCAGGCCUGGUACUUUGGACCAUGCCAUUGAAGAGCUUAAAGCUCUGGUGGACCCCUUAGAAGAUGGUGUUGUCCAGAGUUUUUGGCUUAUGGCGGAGAUAGAUCAUUGGAACAAUGAGAAAGAACGUCUGGUCCUCAUCACAGAAAACACCCUCCUUGUCUGCAAGUAUGACUUUGUCAUGCUCAACUGUGAGCAGAUCCAAAGAGUUCCACUCAACUACAUUGACCGCAUCUGCCACGGUGCCUUCUGCUUUCCACAACACUCCCUCCUGACGAGAGAGGGUGAGGGAGUUCGUGUGUUUUGGGACAAACUUAGAGAGCCAUCUUUCAGUGCACGUUGGAAUCCUUUUUCUGUUAACUAUCCUUACACUACAUUCACCUAUCACCCUGUCAGGAGUGCCAAUGAGCAGAUGGGCCAUCUGUGUGAGAUCAACAGCUUCAGGGAACAGCUGAAUUUGGCAGCACAGAAAGCCCACAGCAAGAACCCUAUACCUGGGAAAGCUAACGGAGUUCUAGUGCUGAAUCAACCCAUUCAAAUUGAGGCAUAUGUGGGUCUGAUGUCUGCACUGGGCAACCAGAACAAGCUGGGGUAUUGCUUAGCACGAGGCAAUAUUGGUUUCUGAAGGUGCCUUGAAUUUCCACCGAGUGUUUACACUAAGUAACUCUCUUAUACCAGCUGAACAAGCGUAAUUUAUGCUCACCUAAACUUAUAACUUGGAAAUAUUCUAGUAGGUUUAUUAUUUAGAUUUCUCAUUGCUGUUUAAAAGACAUUUACUGUAUUUAUAUUUAUGUCAAUCAAAUUAUAUUGCUUCUAAAUGGAGUGUGCUUUCUUUUGCAUUGCUGUUUUUUUACUGUAGAUAUGAUUCCCAAUUUGUUUUUUCACAGUUUGUCUUCAAACGUGCCACACAAUCAAAUUGACCAUAUGGACCGCAUUUUUAUAUACAGUAGUGAACCAAUUAACAAGACAUUACUUGUAAAAGAUUGUUCAUUUUUUAUGACAAUGUUAUACAGUAAUUUCCUUUGCAUGUGUAAUGUACCAAGUAUGUAGUUCUUCCUCCUACGAUUUCCUGUUUAGCAAUAUCUGCAGAACAGUUGUAUACAUUGAUAUCCUCACUAUUGAAAUGUAGGAAUUAACGCAAGAACUUGGUAGUAAUUGUGCCUUCUUUCUUUUUGUAUCUGUGCCGAUAUCCUGUCCCAUCGCAAGGCUUCUUACAGGCUACGUGAUGCAUGAAGAUCAUAUUUGUUUGUUGGUUUAAGGUUUAUUAUUACAGCAGAGAGGGUACUGGAAUUUCCCCAGUGUUGUAAUUGCCCAGCUGUCUUGAUUUGUCUCUUCAGCAGAGCACAGCAAAAUGUCAAACAAAUUGGAAAGCCUUUAUGAAAUGAAUUAUGUUAUGGUAACAAUUUUUCUAUAGUACAGAACUCGAUGCUAUUCCAUCACCAUCUCAAACAAGUUUAGUUGAAAAGUGUCUGUGCUUUAUUAAGCUGUCCAGUUUGCACUAUUUCGAUGUAUGUGGUUGAUGCUUGACACGGCUAUUAAAUUAUGAAAUUAAAUAA